AUGUUAGAUUUGAACCAAGAACAUAUAAAAUUAAUUGAUUUUGGUUUUGCUACAACUUAUGAAACCGAUGAAAUGCCAAAGGCACUCCCUAUUGAAGGAGCAAUUUCAUAUGCUGGCUUAACAUUUCUAAUUUAUUAUUUAGGAUUACUAUCGAGUGAUUCAGAUACUUUCGAUUAUGAGUAUGAACGAACGUUUGAUCUACAAUGUGCAAUAAAUAUCAUGAUGUAUAUGACAGAUAAGAGCAUUAGAGCUACAAUGAUAUCAGUUAAAGAAGUCUUGUCUGUUAAAAACAAAGUAUCGAAAUUAUUUGACUUUUGGAAUGGUAUAAAACGUACGGAUGAGAAUUAUUGUAAAUUAUUAAAGUUAAUUAAAUCUUUUACCCAAUCACCAAAUUUUGAUGGCAUCAAACAUGAAAUAGGAAAACGUUUUGCUAGUUGA